AUGGGGCAACCCACCUGGGUCAUCGACGUUAACCGAAAGCUCGAAACCAUGCCGGGCACCGAGGCCGAGAAGGAGCACUGGAUGAAGAGAUCCAUCUACAAAGUGCCGGCCGCCCUCGCCGACCUAAACAAGAAAGCCUACGUGCCUCAGGUGGUCUCCUUCGGUCCCUACCACCACGGCCAGGAUCGUCUCAUCCCCAUGGAGGGACACAAGAAACGAGCACUCCUCCAUUUCCUCAAGAGAUCCAACAAACCCUUGGAAGCUUUUGUAAACUCCCUGGUUAAAGACGUGGAGAAAUUGAAGGAAUGUUAUGAUCUGCUCGAUCCUGCAUGGGAACAUGACGACGACAAGUUUCUGCAGAUGAUGAUUCUGGAUGGCUGUUUCAUGCUCGAAAUUCUACGCUCUGCUACUCAUACCAUGGAAGAUUAUGCUCCCAAUGACCCUGUCUUCAGCCGGCACGGGAAGAUACAUAUCAUGCCCUUUAUCAAGAGGGAUAUGUUGAUGCUCGAGAAUCAACUGCCAAUGCAUGUUCUUCACACCUUACUUGCUGUUGAUAGCAAUGGAACUAAGGAUGAAGAGUUCGUCAACAAGCUUAUACUCAAGUUCUGCUCCCCCAACACGCCUAUCUCAACCAUGGGGACAUGCUUGCACGUCUUGGACGUCUAUAGGAAGAGUCUGCUUCCGGACAUACUAGGACGUCGACGACGAAAACGACGUUAUAAACCGAGCUCUUUCCUGCACGAAGAUGGCGACGACAUCAUCCGAUCAGCGAUGGAGCUCAACGAAGCCGGGAUCCGGUUCAAGAAAAGCAAAUCCGUGAGCCUCAAGGACAUUCAGUUCCGGGGAGGCGUCCUCGCUCUUCCGGUGAUCAUUGUGGAUGACGCGACGGAGUCGAUGUUCUUAAACCUGAUGGCAUUCGAACGUUUCCACGUAGGGGCGGGAAACGAGGUGACAUCCUACAUCUUUUUCAUGGACAACAUCAUCGACAACGAGAGGGAUGUUGCUCUUUUACACUCGAGGGGGAUCAUUCAGAACGCACUGGGGAGUGACAAAGCGGUGGCUAACCUUUUCAACUCGCUGUCGAAAGAUAUAACGCUGGACCCCGAUAGCAGCCUCGAUGAGGUGCACAAGAAGGUUAAUAAGUACUGCAAGAAAGCUUGGAAUGAAUGGCGAGCCAACCUCAUCCACACCUACUUCAGAAACCCAUGGGCUAUACUCUCUCUGAUUGGUGCCAUUUUUCUCUUCGCUCUCACCAUAGCACAGACUGUGUACACCAUCUAUCCUUACUACCAAGACUCUCCUAGCCCACCUCCACCGUCUAUGGCUCCUCCGCCGCCUAUAGCUGCUGCUCCUCUCUCUCAACCACCCACAGCUCCACCGACCCCCGCACCGAAACACAAGGCUCCUUCACACCAUUGAAUAUAUAUUAUAAUA